AUGAGCUGCAGACAUGUGGCUGGUUUUGGGCAUGCAAGUGGAGUUUUGAUCGGCUUGAGAAGAAGUCACGUUUUUGUGCACGGAUAUGCCUUGAACAGAACUACGCCUUAUGUAACCGCAAGACAGGUUUUCGAAAAGACCGCAAUGAGUCUUAAUUAUGAGUUCAAAUUGGAUUUCCAUACAUCCUUUAUUUUGAGCGAGCUGGAAGUCAUCUCAAGCAAAUCAUCAACAUCUAGUAUUCCGAUGCCACCGACUACCGGGAUUCCACUCCCCAACUCUUCAGACAAAUCGCAAACUGCAUCACUGAAGGAACCGACCCCUGCUCCGGUGGCAUCACAGUCUCCUGGAAAUAACCCACAAAAGGCUGUUGAACCCAAAAAACCUAAGAAAUCAUUUUUGGUAAAAUUUAAAGAAGAACUCAUCCAUUACUACCAUGGCUUUCGCCUUCUUGGCUUGGAGACGAUAAUUGCUGGCGGUAUAUGCCUCCGUCUACUAACUGGGAAGACCCUAACCCGGCGUGAAAGGAACCAGCUGGUUCGGACGGUGGCUGAUAUAUUCCGACUGGUGCCAUUCGCUGUUUUCAUAAUUGUUCCCUUUAUGGAACUUUUGUUACCUGUCUAUCUCAAAUUCUUCCCCUUCAUGUUGCCCAGUACUUUCAAGGAGAAGGGAAAGGAGGAGGAGAAGGUUCGCCAGCGGCUGAAAGCGAAGCUGGAAGUGGCUCGUUUCUUACAGGAAACCGUUAUGCAAACUACCACCAAAACCAGCAAGUCAAAAGAUAUCCCAACCAUUGUCGAGUUUCAGGAGUUUCUGAAAACCGUCCGACAGUCGGGUCAGCUAGCCGACACUACAGACAUCCUCCGUUUUUCCCGUCUCUUCGAAGACCAAGUGACGCUCGAUUCUCUGGAUCAUGCUCAGCUGAAGGCCCUAUGCCAACUACUUGAAAUUAACUCCAUCGGUCCAAGCAAUUUUCUUCGCUUCCAGCUGUGGCUCCGGGUUCGUCAACUGCGCACUGAGGACAAGCUGAUCGCCAAGGAGGGUGUUGACCAGAUACCAUCGUGGGAACUGCAGUCUCUUUCACGUAGCCGCGGCAUGCGGUCUCUCGGUCUGACUGAGGGACGGUUGCGUAGUCAACUCAAUCAGUGGCUGGAGCUGCACCUGGAGAAGAAUGUUCCAAUUACAUUGCUUCUUCUCUCCCGAGCCAUGUACCUGCAGGACACGACUCUUCCACCUGAACGGCAACUUCAGCAUGCGAUUUCGGUGCUGCCCGAUAAGGCGACAGAGGAGGCGGCAGUGAAGGCGGUUGAGUCGACGGAGGAUGUGGACCCUAAGACUAAGAUGGAGCUCCUGCGCAAGGAGCAGGAGACUAUCAAGGCGGAGCGCGCAGCCGCUCGCAAGGCCGCCGAGGGAGAGACACACAAAGUCGUUGAGGUUGGCUCCCAGGAUCCCCUUGUCGACAAGGCCAAGCCUCUCGAGUUCAGGUCCUCCGAGGAGCUGAAGGAUGCGGCGGAGAAACUGGUUGGAAAAUCCUUGCAGGAGUCCUUGGAACCGAUUGUGCCGCCAGUUAAGCCGUCUCAAACUUCAUAUACAGCGCCUGAAACCGUUACUCAUGCCGCCGAAUCCAUGAGCACUGGAAAGGCAUCCACAGCAGCGCCACCACCGAUCGCAACGCCUGUGGGGGUGGAGACGAAGGAGACUUCAAAGACGCACGAAGAAGAGCCGAUGGUUUCUUCAAAGGACCUUGACAGCAUUAAAGCUGCCAUCGGGAGCAUGGAGGAGUCAAAGAAGGCCUUACAGGAGGAACAUCUUCUUGAUCUGAAGGCCGACCUUGAUGAGGCUGUCAAGCUGCGCCAACAACAGCAAAAGGAGUCGGAGAAGGCCGAAAUUGUAGCGGAAUUUAUAAAGGAAGGGAAGGAAACAAAGGAUGAGAUGCUUGUCGCUGAAGCAGUGCCUAAAUCGGCUCCACCACCACCACCACGGAAAUCGGAUGAAGAAAAAAUAGAGGCAGCUGUAGGAGCGACGGCAGAGGUGAAGAAGAAGAUAGAAGCGGAGGAGGUGCCAGAAAUGACGCCGAGGGAAGAAGCAGAGGCAGCGGCAAAGGCAGAAGUGAAGGAGAAGAUGGCCACAAAGAAGGCAGCCAAGACAGAGAAGGCUGUUAAACGUCUGGGUGCUCAUGUGGACCGUCUUUUGGAUGAAAUCGACGGCUUGGUGGAUAAACUACGUGGACAGAAGCAGGACCUUCUGGAGGAGAUUCGGGCUCAUGGGGGCAAGGCAAAGGCAAUCGAGACUGAGGCGGACGAGGAGAGACGAAAACAACUCUUUGAGAACAUUCGUGCUGAUCAGCAGCGCGUGGUUGACAUCAACGAUGUGUUGGUGUCACUGCAACGGCUACAGAAGGCCUCUGGAAGCGACGCCGAGGCAGUCCAGCGCUGGCAACUCAUUCUCGAGGCUCUAGACGAGGACCACGACGGCAAAAUCGAGUUCAAACACUUGCUAGCGGUGCUGGAGAUGUUUGAGAAGGAGAAGGUGGAGUUGAACACGAGUCAGCUAUCUGAUGUGGUGGAGAUGUUCGAGAAGGAGGACCUUCUGGAAGAGCAGGAGGGUCGGGCGGGGGAAACGAAGGAGGCGACGAAUGAGAACAGCGAAACGAGCCAAAAGGCGCCCGGGACUUCGAAGAAGCUAGGCAGCUUUAGUAAGAAUUUUUGCCUUCCAAUGGAAUUGAUAACCGAAGCCGGUCAUACCUGGCCAGUUCGAGCUGCUCCUGAGACCUAA